AUGUCAGAUAAUUAUUCAGAAGAGCACCCAAGAAAGUUAAUUCCAGAAUUAUGUAAAUUAUUUUAUGGUAACGGAUGGGUAACUGGUACAGGAGGUGGUAUUAGUAUUAAAGAAGGAAAAGAAAUUUAUAUUGCAGCAUCAGGAGUUCAAAAAGAAAGAAUUUUGGGUGAUGAUAUUUUUGUAUAUAAUGAAAAUGAAGAAGAAAUAUCGGCACCACCAUCAGAUAAAAAAUUAAAAGCAAGUCAAUGUACACCACUAUUCUUUAAUGCAUACAGACAUAGAGGAGCUGGUGCUGUAAUUCACACACACAGUCAACAAGCAGUUAUGGUUACUCUUCUCUAUGAAAAAGAAUUUAUUAUUACUCAUCAAGAAAUGAUCAAAGGUGUUAUUUCUGGACAUGGUGAAAAUGCAAAAUUCUUACAAUACUUUGAUAAAUUAGUUAUUCCAAUUAUUGAAAAUACACCACACGAAAGAGAUUUAAAAGAAAGAAUGUAUAGAGCAAUGGAGAAAUAUCCAAAUGCAAAUGCAGUUUUAGUUAGAAGACAUGGUGUUUAUGUUUGGGGUCCAGAUUGGGUUAAAGCUAAAACUCAAUGCGAAUGUUUAGAUUAUUUAUUCGAAAUUGCAGUAAAAAUGAAACAGUUAGGUUUAGAUCCAACUAAAGUACCAGAAGAAAAUAAAGAAUGUUGUUACGAUUGUUAA